CCAUCUCCUUCCCCCCCUCCUCCUCCUCCAAACCCAUCCUUCCUUCUUCAUCAUCUCUCCAACCCAUCCCUCUCCAUCCGCUUCAUCCGCCACUAAAAGUAAAGCCCUCGCUCAUUCACCUCCCUCUUUCCCCUUCCUACUCACCGCCCUUCGUAUCCAACAUGGCUCAAGUGCUCCAUCUUGAACAGUUCCGCCUUAGUCAGGAGGCUGCCAAGUCCUUUGACGACGACCUCGACUUUUGCCCCAGCUUGACCGCCAAGGAGCUAUCCGAGAUUAUCCUGGCAUCGAUCCUCGCUCAAAAGGAGAACCAGGCCAAGCAGCAGCAACAACGCUCCCCCAACUUGCCCACAACUGCCGCCGCAUCGACGGCCACUGCCUCGCGAGCCAUCACCAUCGUUGACCCGGCCAGUCGCACACCCCUGUACCUUCCUCCCGCGACUACCACACCCAAAACCAACCGCUCGGGUCGUUUCUCUGGCUCGACCACCCCUGCCACAGCUGGACUGAUGGCCCAAUCGGACUCUUAUUUCAACAUCAUGCCUGCUUCGAGCCGCCAGCACCACCAGCAUCAACAGCAGCACCAGCAGCAGCAGUCGAUGUUCAACAAUCCCUAUGGAUCCUUUGGCUAUGCAUUCACAGCGCAGGCCCAGCAACAUCAGCAGCAGGCGUACUCGAUGGGCAUGACCAGCCCCACCAUGGCCUCGUACUCCCCUCCCCGUCUUGCCAACCGGAUACCGAUUGUGAACCCCGACAAUGGCACCAUUGUCUCCGUUCCUGAGGCACCCGCUGCCUCGCCUGCAUGGCACCAGCAGCACUUUGUCGCUGUGCGAUAAAGUACUCAAAGCUAAUGGCCAUUGUAGUUGUACACUCACCCACACUCUGUACCGCAUUAUUAUCUUUUUUUUUUUUUUAUUCCUUCGUUCAAGUCUUGUUUAUACUCAUAUUCACACACACGCUGUACCAUCUUACACUGUCCAACAUAGUACCAUCCCUCCACUCUCCACCGUUUUUCUUUCUUCUCUUUGGCGACAAAUGCAACUCGAUAAGAGUCUGUAUGUGUCCCUGUAAUGACCCAUUUUUGUUUUUGCUCUAUAUUACAUACGUCUAUACCCUUUCCUUGUCUCUCCCCACACCUACACAUAGUUUCUUUCUGCUGAUACAAAUACUUGUCCAUAAACUUAUACACUUAUACAUACAAAUAAACC